UUUUCCUCCUCUUCUGUGUGUGCAAAGAUUAGGUUGAGAUCCGGUGAGUGGGAGCUGCUGCCUGCUCUCUCUCCCUCUCUUUCUCUCUGCUGCAGCUGGGCUUCAGCAAGGAGCUCCCCAGCCAGCCUCGGGCGAGCCCGACCCCGGCACCAGCCCGCAGAAGAAGGGGAGGCGAAGGCAGAGCAGACCAAAGGACCCCCCACCCCGCACCCCCGGCAGUGGCAAUCAUGGAUCCUUAUGACUCGCAGCAAACCAAUGACUAUAUGCAGCCAGAGGACGACUGGGACAGGGAUCUGCUUUUGGAUCCAGCCUGGGAAAAGCAGCAGAGGAAGACUUUCACAGCAUGGUGUAAUUCUCACCUUCGCAAGGCUGGCACACAGAUUGAAAACAUAGAGGAAGAUUUCAGGGAUGGCCUUAAACUCAUGUUACUUCUGGAAGUCAUUUCAGGUGAACGUUUGGCUAAGCCUGAGAGAGGCAAAAUGCGAGUCCAUAAAAUUUCCAACGUGAACAAGGCCCUGGAUUUCAUUGCUAGCAAAGGAGUCAAGCUGGUGUCCAUUGGAGCAGAAGAAAUUGUCGAUGGCAAUGUUAAAAUGACCCUUGGAAUGAUCUGGACCAUCAUCCUUCGCUUUGCCAUUCAGGAUAUCUCAGUAGAAGAGACAUCUGCUAAAGAAGGACUUUUAUUAUGGUGUCAGAGGAAGACAGCCCCCUACAAAAAUGUGAACAUCCAGAACUUCCAUAUCAGCUGGAAGGAUGGUCUUGGCUUUUGUGCUUUGAUUCACAGACAUCGCCCAGAACUCAUCGACUAUGGGAAGCUACGAAAGGAUGAUCCUCUCACUAACCUAAACACUGCCUUUGAUGUGGCUGAGAAGUACCUGGAUAUCCCCAAGAUGCUGGACGCAGAAGACAUUGUUGGAACGGCCCGCCCUGACGAGAAGGCCAUCAUGACCUAUGUUUCUAGCUUCUACCACGCCUUCUCAGGAGCCCAGAAGGCGGAGACAGCAGCAAAUCGUAUCUGCAAGGUACUGGCAGUCAAUCAAGAGAAUGAACAGCUCAUGGAAGACUAUGAAAAACUGGCCAGCGAUCUGCUGGAAUGGAUCCGCCGCACUAUCCCUUGGCUGGAGAACCGGGCACCAGAAAAUACCAUGCAAGCCAUGCAACAGAAACUGGAGGAUUUCCGGGACUACCGCCGCCUGCACAAACCCCCCAAGGUCCAGGAGAAGUGCCAGCUUGAGAUCAAUUUCAACACCUUGCAGACCAAGCUGCGGCUCAGCAAUAGGCCAGCAUUCAUGCCAUCAGAGGGGAAAAUGGUCUCGGAUAUAAACAACGCAUGGGCAGGCCUAGAGCAGGCUGAGAAAGGCUAUGAGGAGUGGCUUUUGAAUGAGAUCCGAAGGCUAGAGAGGCUGGACCACCUGGCUGAGAAGUUCCGGCAGAAAGCUUCUAUUCACGAGUCCUGGACGGAUGGCAAAGAGGCAAUGCUGCAGCAGAAGGACUAUGAAACAGCUACUCUGUCAGAGAUCAAGGCCCUGCUUAAGAAACACGAGGCCUUUGAGAGCGACCUGGCUGCUCACCAGGACCGUGUGGAGCAGAUUGCUGCUAUUGCACAAGAACUCAAUGAGCUGGAUUAUUACGACUCCCCAAGUGUCAACGCCCGGUGCCAGAAGAUAUGUGACCAGUGGGAUAAUCUGGGUGCCUUAACUCAGAAACGUAGAGAGGCCUUGGAGAGGACAGAAAAGCUGCUGGAAACAAUUGAUCAGUUGUACCUGGAAUAUGCCAAACGAGCCGCCCCAUUCAAUAACUGGAUGGAGGGGGCCAUGGAGGAUCUGCAGGACACCUUCAUUGUUCACACCAUAGAGGAGAUCCAGGGAUUGACCACAGCCCAUGAACAGUUCAAAGCCACUUUGCCAGAUGCCGACAAGGAGCGACAAGCCAUCCUGGGAAUCCAUAACGAAGUCUCAAAGAUUGUCCAGACCUACCACGUCAACAUGGCAGGAACCAACCCCUACACUACCAUAACCCCACAGGAGAUCAAUGGCAAAUGGGACCAUGUGCGGCAGUUAGUUCCCCGGAGGGAUCAGGCCCUGAUGGAGGAACAUGCACGCCAGCAACACAAUGAACGGCUCCGCAAACAGUUUGGUGCUCAGGCUAACGUCAUUGGACCCUGGAUCCAAACCAAGAUGGAGGAGAUUGGCCGCAUUUCUAUAGAAAUGCACGGGACUCUGGAGGACCAGCUCAACCACCUGCGGCAAUAUGAGAAGAGCAUUGUGAAUUACAAACCAAAGAUUGACCAGCUGGAGGGAGACCACCAACAGAUUCAGGAGGCUCUUAUCUUUGACAACAAGCACACCAAUUACACCAUGGAGCAUAUCCGAGUGGGCUGGGAGCAGCUACUUACGACGAUUGCCAGAACCAUCAAUGAAGUGGAAAAUCAGAUUCUGACCCGCGAUGCCAAAGGAAUCAGCCAGGAGCAAAUGAAUGAAUUCCGGGCCUCUUUCAACCAUUUUGACAGGGACCACUCCGGCACACUUGGCCCCGAGGAGUUCAAAGCCUGCCUGAUCAGCUUGGGUUACGAUAUUGGAAACGAUGCGCAGAAGAAGACUGGCAUGAUGGAUAGUGAAGAUUUCCGAGCCUGCCUUAUCUCCAUGGGUUACAAUAUGGGAGAGGCAGAGUUUGCCCGUAUCAUGAGCAUCGUAGAUCCUAACCGCUUGGGAGUAGUGACAUUCCAGGCCUUCAUUGACUUCAUGUCCCGGGAAACAGCAGAUACAGAUACUGCGGACCAGGUCAUGGCUUCCUUCAAGAUCCUGGCGGGAGAUAAGAACUACAUCACUGUGGAUGAAUUACGACGGGAACUGCCUCCUGAUCAGGCUGAAUACUGCAUUGCUAGAAUGGCACCGUACCAUGGGCCUAAUGCUGUACCCGGUGCCCUGGACUACAUGUCCUUCUCCACAGCACUGUAUGGCGAAAGUGACCUUUAACCUCCCUCCUCCCCCACCACACACUCCCCACCCCCUCCCCCGUCCAGGCACACCCUUCUUUCUGUAUGCAAAGCAGCCUCUACUCCGCCUCCUUUUAUUUUGUGUCUCCCCAUUUUUUGCUUCAGAUAACAGAUCAUGUUUUUAAAGCGGGGGGAAUGUUAGAAUAAGACAGUCUACCUUGCCCUUGAAAUGACAGUUUACAAAAUUAUUUUCUGCAAAAAAAAAAAGUUACAUUUAAAAAAGAAGACAGACAUAUUUUAUUACAGAAGAAAAGGUAUUUUUCUCUGCCAGAUUGAGACGUAAAGAGAAAAUUUAAAAAAUAUUGCACCAAAUAUUUUUUGUUGUGACAUAGGAAGUCAAGCACAAUGUUACAUUCCAUCCUUCUUUCCAAAAGCAAAGAAGCCACUUGUUCUGUUAUACUUCUCCAUUUGCAUAUGUCUCUAUCACGUUUAUCUUGGGAGGGGGAAGGCACGCAAGUGCAUGUUGUUUGCUGGUUCACUUCUUUCAUGAAAAUAUUUUAUGAUAAACUUUUGGAUUCGCUGUGUUUUCUAGGGAAAAAAAUAAUGUACACAGCUCAUGUUUUCAUAUUUAAUUAAAAAUUUACAAUAUGCCUCUUAUGUUUAUCAGUGCACAACUUUUUUUGUUGCUGAGAGUUGUCUGGUUUCAGAACAUGAAGCUUGAGAGUUGGUAACUUUGAUAUUGCUUGUCACAAACCAUAUUAAAAAUGUCUUGUGAUAACAGA